AUGUUCUACCACCAUAUCACGUGGAUCGGGGCUUUUUUUGUCACCCUCAUACUUGGGCCAGUCACCCUUGGGCCGGUAAAUGCUGCACCCACAGAUCGUGAUGGUAAGGGUCAACACCAUCUACUCCGCGCGGUGUGGCCCCCUCCUCAGCAGAUCUCGUGGUCUGGCUCGGGGGUCUCGCUCAACGGUGCUGUCACGAUCGUGACUGGCAAUUCCACGGACCCUGCCACGAUAAACACAGUCAAGGCAGCCGUGUCUUCCGCCGGUGGUAAUGCGGUCCUUUCGUCCCAACCCACCGACAAUGGCGCGCAGAUUCUCAUUGGCACCGAGGAAGAAAACAGCGCUGCUGCUGUCGUUGCCAAGGCGCUCACAGGCAAAUCUGCGAAUGACCUCGUCGCCGAUGGCUACGUCCUGGCAUCUGGCAAUUAUGAGAGUCAGCCGAGCAUUGUCCUUAAUGGUGUAGACAGGCGCGGCACUUUCUACGCCUCACAGACUCUCCGCCAACUUGUUGAUGGUCACCAUGUUCCAGGGGUCCAGGUGCGUGACUGGCCGCUCAUGCCUAUCCGUGGUUCGAUCGAGGGCUUCUACGGCGUUCCCUGGUCUCACCAGGCGCGUCUCGACCAGUACGUUUUCUACGGCAAGCACAAACUCAACACCUACAUCUACACCCCUAAAGAUGAUGACCUCCUUCGCGCCCAUUGGCGCACUCUUUAUGGCGGCCCCGCUCUUUCCCAGCUCAAGGAGCUCAUCGACACCGCCAAUACAAACCACGUCGACUUCACCUUUGCUCUUUCGCCCGGCUUAGACUUAUGCUACUCGUCCGACGCAGACUUUAAUGCUACUAUCACCAAGUUUAACCAGAUUCGCGAGCUCGGUGUCCGCAGCUUCUACAUUGCACUCGAUGACAUCCCUCUCGAGUUCCACUGCGAAUCGGACAAGCAGAAGUGGAACAACGCGGGAAAAUGGCAGGGGUUUGCCGACUCGCAGGCCUACUAUCUAAACCGUGUUCAGAAAGAGUACAUCGAGCCGAACGGUUUCAAAAACCUUGAAACCGUCCCAACCAACUAUGCUGGCAGCGAGCCGGACCCUUACAAAGAAGAGUUUGGCACCAGGCUGGACAAAAAGAUUCGUAUUCAUUGGACUGGUGAAGGAGUCUUCAGUGCCCAGGUAACCGUCGCAAGCGUCGUACAGGCUGGUUCGACCUAUGUCACCGACAAUCUGUACUUCUGGGACAAUUUCCCUGUCAACGACGGCAUGCGUGAACGCCUGUUCCUCAACCCGCUUACCGGUCGUGCCCCCGACCUGUACCAGCACCUCCUUGGCUUCACCUCCAAUCCGAUGGAGCAGCCGUAUGCCUCCAUGCCCGCGCUUGCCAACUACGGCGACUACACGUGGAACGGGCCAGCGUACAACGCCAACGAGUCGAUGGCUGCAGUCCUAUGGGAGCUUGCGGGUAGUGACCAACUCGUCCACGACGCAGUCGUGGCGUUCGCCGACCUAAACCAAAACUGGCCAUACCGCACCCCUGAGAUUCAUUCGCCCCAGCUUAACGAGGACAUUGCCGCUUUUUGGGACGUCCGCAGCGCUCCUCCGUCUUCUACUCUUGAUAGUGGAAAAGGUACCGGCCACGACCAAGAUAAGAAAGAUGGCACCUUGGCGCUGCGUAGCCGCCUCUCACUCCUCACCACGCUCCCCGACCUCCUUCCCCGUAUGGCUAUGAAGGACUUCGCCUCGGAUGUGGCACCCUGGUCGACCGUUGCCAUGCAGUGGGCGAACGCCUGCCAGCACUUGAUCGCUAUGCUUGACGCGCUCGAUGACGGGGACAAGAGUACGGCAGACAGUGAGUUCAACGCUGCCCAGGACUGGGUUGAAAAGACAAAAGCCAAGACCAUAAACGACCGUAACAGCCAGGGUCAGGAUCUCCCCAACUCGAUCUCCCCGAUUAUCGGCGAAGAGGCAUUCAACACGUUUCUUGGCAAUGCCACAGCCAUUUAUAAGAGCCAGUAA